AUGUCGUCGACGCCGACAGUAACUCGCAAUGUUCUCGGUCCACUGACUACAACUUUUACACCGGAUCCGAGUUGUACGAUACCUGCUAUCUACUGUCCUAGGGAAUCUGCUUGCGUCGCUUGGCAGGCACAAACAUGUAUCAGCGGCAUCGGCGCGAUCGAUCAGUCGUUCUGUUGGCCGUCGUGGACGGCGGGAGCGUCUGUUUUGAGUACUCCUGACGCGCUGAAUGGGUUUGGUCUAUAUUCGCCUGGAUUGGUGUGUCCUUAUGGGAAUACGCCUGCUUGUUCGACGACUUUUGGGGGGGAAGGGAAUUUCCAGUUCCAGUUUCCUGUUACGACGGGGGAAACUGCUAUUGGUUGUUGUCCAAGUGGCUUCUUCUGUCAACAGGCCCCGAGGGGACAAACUUGUGUCGUAACGGCCACAUCCACAACCUUCGAUGGCGUCGUAUGCAGCGACUUCGCAAGGUUGCCUACGGAAUUCAUCAUCCCGGCAACCGUCACAUCCACAGAAGUUACUGGUAGACUGCGCAGAACCGACGUGGUAACAAUAUCGACCCAAACAUUCUUCGCCCCACUUUUCCAAUUGAAUUGGAGAUCUGUCGACCGUCCUUCCAGUUCUCGCUCCAAUACUGGUGGUUCUUCGGUUAGUCAGACACAGACGGAUAACCAACCGUCGAAUACUAGCGAUAGCAAUAAAGGGGAGGAAGGAGGAGGGUUAUCUACUGGCGCGAAGGCCGGGAUAGGAGCCGGUGUAGCGGUUGUAGUGCUACUUAUCCUAGGCGCAUUUGUAUGGGUUUGGAAGAGCAGAAGGAAAGGAAGUUAUGCUUAUGGUGAUGUACCAGUGUUACCGCCUCCGGUACCUUCAGGGCCGGCUGAGUUUUAUACUGAGAAUAAGAUGCCGGCUGAGGCAUCUGCGGAUCAGAUUAAUAUUCGCAGGGCUGAUAUGGCUAGCGAGUUACCGGCUGGUGCUUUGCAGCCGGGGCCAGGUCAACUGGGGCAGCAGACGUGGGAGUUGGAAUCAAGGGCAGCGGUACACCAGCUGGAUGGUCGGCCGCUAAAUGGAUAUUGA